AUGAACGACGGAGUUGCACCAACAUCAAUAAGACAAAGCGCAAAGAAGGCGGUUACAUUCAAGGACCAGCUUCCAAGUUCUACAAAUAAGCGCCGUCUACAUUCGCCGGCCUCGAGCGAGGUUGCCGAUAGCGAGGAUGAUUACAAUACCGACGAAGACGACAAUGAAGACGUCGCCAACGCCGUGGCUGGGAUUGACAUCGGUCAAGAAACGCAAGCCUACAUCCGCCGCAUCGACUUCAACUGCGCUUCAGCGCCGCCGACAGCAGAGCCCGAUCCCGGCGAAGAAAGCACGCAGGAUGAGGACGGUUCUCCUCCACAGCCUGAUAGCACCGCCAAUAGAUCGUUCAACUACGACGAAGAAGCCCAUCAACGUUUGCAGCAGACCCAAGCUGAACACCCAUCACCAGCGCCAGCAACGCCACAAGAAGCACCGCCAUCACCAGCCCACGCCUCCCCUUCCUCACCGAUACCUAUGAUAAAGCGGGAGCCCGAAACCCAGCAACAGCCGCAACUGCUGCAGCUCUGGGACUCCUCCACGCAGGGUCAACACCAACAACCACCCCCUCUUUCCUGCCCUGUUCCGCCCUCUCAAGCCACCACCACCGACAGUCCCACGCAAACUUCUCCCGGUCCUUUCGUCAAACCAGAUCCCGCUGAAGCCCCUCCUUCCUCACAACCGCCGCAAUCGUCCUACCUGCCGGAAACGUAUUACAGCAACAUCUCGGCCGAUGAGCGCAUCCCGUCCUCGCAGCCCACGCAGUUGCAUCUCAAGCAGAUCUUGCUGCAGCCGCAGACGCAGACGCAAGACGAGGAGGACGGGGACGGGGACGAGCAGGACAGGGUGCCUGAUUCGCAAGGGGUGGGGCGGAGGGAGGUGGAGAGCGUUGAGAAGGGGGUGGCAGGUGCGCGGGUUGUGAGAAGAGUAGAGGGUUUGGUGACGGCGACGCAGAUGAUGAUGCAGCAGGGAUCGAUGGGGGAUGAGUUCUCGUUGCCUCCGCCGCCGCCGUGGUCGCAGACGCAGGAGACGGAAGAUGAAGAGUAG